UCUAUUUCAGACAACAUCCUGGCCUGGAUCGAAAACGGACCUGGGUGAGUGGCGGCUCUGGGGUCGACCUGGUACACACUUGGUUCUGCGGUGGCCCGACUCUCAGAGACUCGACCUGACAAAGGAGCAGCACUGGCUACCGACAGGAGCAGGAAAACGUGGCCUUCUGUCUGUGACGGAGGUCAGGAGAAGCCACCCCUGCAUCUAUCCGCAUUUUCGAGUCCCUACAAAUAAUCCGCGCGCAUUGAGCCGGAUCCAUAUAUCAUGACAGCAAGCGUGAGGGAUGCUUCGCCCUCCCCGUCGGCGGAUCAAAGUGGCGGCGAUCAGGACUCUGGAGAUAUGGCCGAACACGCCGGAGGAAGUCGGUCCAAGGACCAGAGCACCGUUGACGGGGAUGAGAACACUCAGAGUGGCCAGAAGUCGUCCUCAAACAACGCAAAGGACCCGCUAAGACCGCGAAGGAAGAAGGCCAGGAGAGCUUGUUUCGCCUGUCAACGGGCCCAUCUGACUUGCGGUGACGAAAGACCAUGCCAACGCUGCAUUAAACGUGGCUUGCAGGACGCCUGCCAUGACGGUGUCCGGAAGAAAGCCAAGUAUCUUCAUGAUGCCCCAGACGGUGCCCUGAUGCCAGGGGUUGGCGGCAAUUUUUAUAACGCCACGAAUACCGUGCACAAUAGCCUACCUCUUUCGAGAAAUGGUGCAAACGCCGUCAAGACUCGGUCAAAUUCUAAUUUUUAUAACGCCCAGCAGUCAGGAUCAUAUAAUAUAUAUCAGCAGAACAAGCCUCAGGACCAGAUAGGCUCCCUGCUUCAGGAAAAUGCCUUGAACCAAGGCACCUUCAGCACACAAUCACCGGUUUCGCCCACAUUCAAUCUGGGUACAAGCACGACGAUACAGAAUGCGAAUCUAUCUCCCUCUGUGCCUCAGCAGUCACCAAGCACAGCAGCUUCGGGGCCGCCACAGACGCAGAACCCAUUCGCAGGGGCGUUGUUUGACCCCAGCGAUCCUGCUCUCUUCAACUUCGAUCUCUCGAGUAUGAAUUUCGGCAACCGGUAUGGUGCGCUGGAGUUUGGUAUGCUUGGUCACAUGGCCACAGGUGCUGGUGAGACUCCGCCCAGUGAUACAGCUACUCAACGCGGGUCGAUCGGACGGAGUGGCUCUCAGCAGUUCACGAAUGCACCCUUACCGGGAUCCUCUGGUUUUGGUGAAAGUUCAGGGAACCAGCCGCCGUUCAUGUUCGGAGAUACGAUUCUCAAUGACUGGUCCAACGGUCAGGGCCAGGGUGGUGUGGGCGGACUCUAUGGCCAGAACAAUCUGGUGCCCGGCCACAUGAAAGGCGAUGCACCGCACGCUUUUGCUAUUGAAAGCGGCCCUGCGAGCUUCACUAGUCCCGGUUCGAUGAGUAGCCCUCAAGUUCCACACCAUCUUGAGGACCCUACGACGUCUCCGUUCAAUCAUCCCAACAAAUUGUCAGUCUCGAAUGGACAGCGAUCCCUGAUAUCUACGCCGGCCUUGAAGCACCAGAACCUGCAGGUCGGUGCAAAGCGGCGAUUCCGUAACCCUUCCUCCAUCUACGAGAGUGUCAAGGAGCCUUAUUCCUAUACUCUGGGUUUCCAUAAUUUGAUCGCUUUCAUCCAGCGGCGCUUCUCUCCUCCAAAGACCCUGCAGAUUGCCAAAGCUCUGGCGUCCAUCCGUCCGUCGUUCAUCGCCACCACGAAGACGCUCAAUGAGGACGAUUUGAUCUUCAUGGAAAAAUGCUUCCAGAGGACCCUUUUCGAGUACGAAGACUUCAUCAAUGCCUGCGGCACCCCGACUAUCGUCUGUAGGCGGACAGGAGAGGUGGCGGCAGUGGGCAAAGAGUUCAGCAUCCUUACGGGGUGGAAGAAGGACGUCCUACUGGGAAAGGAGCCCAACCUGAACGUCAACACUGGCGGUUCUCCCGGCAGCCAAAAUGCGUCGUCGCGUGGCUUUGCUCCUCGUGUGCCGCCGCAAGACAACUCCGGAAACGGCCGUCUGCAACCCGUCUUCCUGGCAGAGUUAUUGGAUGACGACAGUGUCAUCGAAUUCUAUGAGGACUUUGCCAAGCUCGCGUUUGGCGACUCGCGAGGCAGCGUCAUGACGACCUGUAAGCUCUUGAAGUACAAGACCAAGGAAGACAUGGAGCCUAGCAGUUCCGACGACAAUCAAAAAUGGAACGGCCAUCUGAGCAAAGGCGGCAUUGCGGGCGAGGCCGGAAUGAACCAGCUGGGGCUGAAGGAUGGGAAAGUGGAAUGCAGUUACUGUUGGACGGUCAAGAGAGACGUGUUUGACAUCCCCAUGCUUAUAGUUAUGAAUGUAGGUUGCUCCAUCCUCUAUUUCUUGAAAAGGACAGAAGCUAACAUUCCCUCGCAGUUCCUACCUUGCAUAUGAGUUAUAGCAUGUUUUAUGAGGGCCAAACGGGAUACCAUUGUUAUGUUUUUGAUUCUUUACUUACUGUUUUAUAUGGUCGCAUGCCCUUCAAUGGUCAAAAGCUAGGGUUUUUCUGUCAUGUUCGACUGGGUUCGGGUAUAUACCCUUCGUUCUGAGUUUUAUUCA